AGGUUUUUCCGGCCGCAUCCGUCGCGUAAAGCCUCUAGGCUCGUCGCAGUGGCCGUGCAAGCGACGCAGAGAACGUCUGCUGCGACUUCGUUGCUGGGGCAGCGCCCACGAGCAUCCAUACGCGGCGGGGCAGCACCCCCACUCAAAGCAUGCCGCCGAGGCGACAGCGGCAGCGCAAGGCAGCCACGCCCGCGGCCACAAACGGGGCGCCGCCGCGGCCGGCCGCGCCCAGCAGCGAGGACGAAUUACUGCGACGGGCCAUGGAGGAGUCGCGCCGGACCGCCGCCGCCGCGCCGCUCUCGGAGGACGCCGAGCUGCAGCGCGCCCUCGCCAUGUCGGCGCAAUCUUACACGGCGGAGCAGAGCCAGCGCAAGGCCUACGAGCGCUACGCGGCGCCGGCGGGCGCGGUGCGGGCACCGCGACACGCCGCGCCGCCGCAGCCGCCGGCCAGCGCCGACCUGGCACCCCUCCACGCGCUGCGGCAACGGGCCGAGCAGGCCGUGUCCGAACGACGGCAGCGCGAGGCCAAGCUCGCCGAGUUGGCAAGACGGCCGCCGGCCAUCCAAGCCGCGCCCGACGUCGCGCGGCUCAUGGACGAGCUUGGUCUGUCGCACUUCCUGCCGCUACUCCUCGCCGAGGAGGCCGCGGACAUGGAAACGUUGAUAUGUCUGGAAGCAGGAGACCUGAAGGAUCUGCUCCUGCCGCUCGGGGCGCGGACGAAGCUUUUGUAUGCGCUCAAGCACCCGGACUGGCGGCCCAGGUAUAAGUAACAACAGAUUAGCUUAGAUACAGG